AUGCGCGCCAAGCUCACUCAAGGGCGCGCUGCGCCGCAGUACGGUUCUGUAAGCCCCCUCCUUGAGGAUGAGGUGCACUCCCGACGUAUGACCAAGGCCAAGGUGCUGCUUGUGGCCGGUGCCGUGAGCAUCGUGGCCGCGGGCUUCGUAUCAACGUUGCAUGCGUCCCCGACUGCCGUCGUCAACUCGUCUUCCAUCGGCACUCCCCACUCGAAGGUUCAGACAACACCUGUAGUCGUUCAUGUUGUCGAAACUGCGUUCGAGAAUGGAAACCCUGCCUUGUUCCGCAAGCUGCCGCCACUCAAGUUAAAAAGGUCUGCAACGACUAAAAAAGCCGCAACUGCUCCUGCGCGUCCGAGCACCAUCCACAUUGAUGACUCGAAAGUCUUUCAAGAGAUUCUUGGAUUUGGCGGUGCUUUCACGGAAGCGUCGGCCCUGAACUUCAAAAAGUUGCCACGGGUCAAGCAAGAAGAAGUGCUGCGUCUUUACUUCGACGAAAAGACUGGCGCGGCGUAUUCAUUUGGCCGCGUGCCCAUGAACUCGUGCGACUUUUCCGUCGCGUCGUACUCGUUCGACGACGUCGUAGGGGACGUGUCCUUGGAACAUUUCGACACGAACGUCACGCAUGACGCGGAAGCCAUCAUCCCUUUCCUUCGUCGUGCACUCAAACUUCGACCAGACAUCAAGCUGUUCCUGUCUCCGUGGAGCCCUCCAGCGUGGAUGAAAGCUCCCAACAGCAAGGGCGAGUUUUCGAUGACGGGGUCAGCGACGCCGCUCGGCAUCAACCCCACGUACCAGGCGGCUUGGGCAUUGUACUUUUCCAAGUUCAUUUCAGCGUAUAAGGGUCAUGGCAUCAACUUCUGGGGCCUCACCCCGCAAAACGAACCCAUGUUUCCAGCACCGUGGGAAGCGUGCUUCUACGAAGCCAAAUCGGAAGCAACUUUUGUCGGCGACUUCUUGGGCCCGCAGAUUCGGAAAGAUCACCCGGACGUUAAAAUCCUUGUGUUCGACCACAACCGCGACGCAGUGACGCAAUGGGCGGCUGCCGCGUACGAAAAGGCGAGCGCGUACGUGGACGGCGUGGCUUUCCACUGGUACAACGGCGACGGCCGCGAGCUGGAUGGUGCCUUGUACUACAACCACUUGAACGAUACGCACCACUUGAACCCGUCCAAGUUGUUGCUAGCGACGGAAGCGUGCAACUGCCCUGGCGUAGCCACUGGCAAAGACGCGUGGUUUCGCGCCCAGCGGUAUGGCCACGACAUCAUUUCCGACAUCAACAACCACGCGAAUGGAUGGGUUGACUGGAACCUGCUCUUGGACCACGAAGGCGGUCCAAACCACUUGAACAAUACAUGCGACGCACCGGUUUUGCUCACGCCAGACGCCAAGGGCUUCGUCGUGCAGCCCCUAUACUACUUCAUCAAGCACUUUUCCGCUUUUGUUCCUCCAGGGUCGAAGCGCAUCGCGGCGGACGUCCGCGUAUCCUUCGGUACCCCUGGCACGGAUCACGCGCUCUUCCUCAAGUACCCAUCGGCCACGCAUGUGUGCGACGGCAGUGUCCGGCAGGCGGUGGUGCGGACGCAGGACAAUAAACUCCAGGUGAAGGGCACUGACUUUUGCAUCGACGUUGUCAAGGAGUGGUUUGGGGACAAGGUCGAGUUGACCAUGUGCAUCUACACGCAAAACGUGUACAAGUUCACGGAGGCCGGCGAAGUCAAAUUCCACAACAAGUGCCUGUCCGUCGCACACGGGUCGACCGAGAAUGGCGCGGCCAUCACGCUCGACGAAUGCGUCGGCAGCACGAGCCAAAAGUGGACGGUCGGGAACGGCGUUGUGACGAACCAAGCGACCAACUUCUGCAUCACCGCCGGGUACGCAUUUGCCCAAGCGGCUGCCUUCAAGACACCGUCGAACCGCACGGUUGUGGUUGUGCAAAACGAACAUUCGCAGCUGGACGCGUCGUUCGAGUUGACGACGCCACAAGGCUCGGUCGACACGAUUGUGCCCAAGGGAGCGAUUCGCACGUUUUACUGGGAUCCUUAA